ACAUUGAAACUUUAUUCUCGCUUUGUCUUUGAUUGUUGACGUGUUUUCGUUGUCGCCGAAAAAAGAAAAAAAUGACUGGACGUGGUAAAGGAGGAAAAGGUUUGGGAAAAGGAGGAGCAAAAAGGCAUCGUAAAGUUCUUCGCGAUAACAUCCAGGGUAUCACAAAACCGGCAAUUCGCCGUCUUGCUCGUCGUGGUGGUGUGAAACGUAUUUCAGGAUUGAUUUACGAAGAAACUCGCGGAGUGUUGAAAGUGUUCCUGGAAAAUGUUAUUCGUGAUGCCGUUACAUACACCGAACAUGCUAAAAGGAAGACAGUCACAUCAAUGGAUGUUGUCUACGCUCUAAAACGUCAAGGACGUACUCUCUACGGUUUCGGCGGCUAAAUUUCCUCCUGACAAAAAAAAAAAAAAAAUAAUAACAAUCGGCCCUUUUCAGG